AUGGAACAAACAUUCCACGUUGAUCUUGGUGAUAUUCUUCCAAAACAUAAGAAACUAACAUCAAAUCAGAAAGCCAUGUCAUCGAUCAAACGGCGUGCUCUACCACUUGUUCCUGCUUAUUGUAUUACGAUACACAAGAGUCAGGCUCUACUAUUCAGUCAAUCGUGUAAUAAAUUGUCCCAAUAUGAAAAAUGUUCGUCAAAUCCCGCUUGUGGUUGUUUUCAUGCAACUGAUGGAAAUGUUUUUUGCGACUUUAUCGAUGUAGCAUGUUCAAAAUUUGUAUCUUGUUUAAGCGAUAAUCGCACAUGUUUUCAACCGAAUACUGUUUGUGUACAACAUCCACGAUGUCAUGCACGUCCUGUUUGUUAUCCACGACAAAUAACUCAGAUAUGCCCACCACUUUCAACAAUGACAACACCAUCCAUUUGCUCACAAGCAAAAUGGUCUUCGAAUGGAAUAACUGUUGCAGGUGGGAAUGGAUUAGGUGAUGAUUUAAAUCAACUUCAAUUUCCAGUCAGCAUCGUUAUCGAUCAUGGCGAUGGUUCGAUCUAUAUAUCUGAUGAAUAUAAUUCUCGUGUUAUGAAAUGGAUGCCUGAUGCAAAGAGUGGUAUUGUAGUUGCUGGUGGCAAUGGACGUGGAAAUGAAAGUAAUAUGCUUAAUACUGCAUCGCAAAUACUUCUCGAUAAAAAAGAUGGAAGUUUAUUAAUUUGUGAUCAAGUUAAUCAACGUGUCCAACGUUGGCGAAAGAAUUCAAACAAUGGAGAAACUAUUCUGUCUAAUAUUCCAUGUGUUGGGUUAGCCAUGGAUAGUGAAGGAUCGUUUUAUGCCACAGAAUGGGAUAGUCAUCGUAUAACAAAAUGGUUUCUGAAUGAUACAAAAGGUCAAAUAAUUGCUGGAGGCAAUGGACCAGGUUCUGGACUCGAUCAAUUUGAUCAUCCAUCUUAUUUAUUCAUUGAUCAAGAUCAAACAUUAUUCAUUGCUGAUCAAUGGAAUAAUCGUAUUAUAAAAUGGUUAAAAAAUGCAAAACAAGGCAUUGUUGUAGCCGGUGGUAAUGAUGAAGGUUCAAAUAUGAAUCAAUUAAUAUUUCCUACGUCGGUCAUCGUUGAUCAAAUUGGCACACUGUAUAUAACAGAUACUAACAAUAAUCGUCUACAACGUUGGUUCAAAGAUGACAUAUCAGCCAGUGCAACUAUUGCUGGAGGACGUGAUGAAGGACCUGAAUCGAAUCAAUUAUCCUUCCCUUACGAUGUUGCAUUUGAUCGACACGGAAAUUUAUUUGUUGUUGAUCAUUACAAUCAUCGUGUUCAAAUGUUUCAAAUUGAUACAUCCGAUUGUUAG